AUGUCGACAAAAUGGACUGACGCUUCCAAUUCUCGCCUGGAAAUUGGGACCCAACUGACUCCAUUUCUCUUCUCCCGCUCAUACAUGUCUGAAAUUUCAACCCGGACCUUGGUGCGCAUUACGUACCUUCUUCUCGGUGAUGACAACAACGCAUUGUCAAGUGAAGUGUCGAAGAAGAUCUCGCAACGGGGCAGCUAA